GGAGGACAGUGGGUCCACAGAGAUUGACACACGGCUGAGAGACAGACGUCCUCUGGUGCUGCUGACGAGGGACGCAAUGUGGCUUCGAGACGAGCUGUUGAAAUCCAUAUGGCAUGCGUUCACAGCCCUGGACGUGGAUCACCGUGGAAAAGUCUCCAAAUCUCAGUUAAAGGUGCUGUCCCACAGCCUGUGCACAGUGAUGAAGAUCCCUCAUGACCCUGUGGCCCUUGAAGAGCAUUUCAAAGAUGACGAUAAAGGGCCCCUGUCCAACCAGGGCUACAUGCCUUACCUCAACAGGUUUAUUCUAGACAAGGUACAGGAGGAAUUUGAUGUAUUGGAGUUCAACAAGAUGUGCUGGACGCUGUGUUACAAGAAAAAUAUCUGCACCAAAAAUCUCCUCAUCUCAGAUGACGAUGCAUUCAAAGUCUGGUGCAUUUUUAACUUUCUGUCAGAACACAAAUACCCACUCGUCAUCAUUACUGAAGAGAUUGAGUACUUCCUGUGUAAACUGAUGGAGGCUAUGGGCAGCGGAUGGAGUGAGGAUAACAAGCUGCAGCUGAACACAAAGAAGAACUGCCUGACUGCCUGGGAGCUGAUUGAACUGGUGGGGAUGGGAUACUUCAGCAAGGGCUUGAACCACCAGACCCUGUCCAUGGGCAUCACGGAUGUCUUCCAGGAACUCAUUCUGGAUGUGCUCAAGCAGGGAUACAUGAUGAAAAAGGGCCACAAAAGGAAGAACUGGACAGAACGCUGGUUUGUCCUUCGACCCGACUCGCUCUCGUACUAUGUCUGUGAGGACCUUGUGGAGAAGAAAGGAGACAUCGUUCUGGACCGAACCUGCUGUGUGGAGUCUCUGCCAGAUAAAGAAGGGAAGAAAUGCCUGUUCAUUAUCAAGUGCAUCGAUAAAAGCUUUGAGAUAAGUGCAUCAGAUAAAAAGAAGAAGCAGGAAUGGCUUCAAGCUAUUCAAUCAUGCAUCCAGCUGCUGAGGUUGGGGCUGUCCUCUCCUCACCGCGAAGCCCGGCUGAGGCGCAGGGAGCUGCGGCAGAGGCAACAGGCGGAGGAAGACGACCUGGCCGAGAGGAUGAAGCAGCUCCAGGUGGCCAACGAGAACAAGCAGAGACAGCUGGAGGGUAUGAGGAAGAAAAUAGAUGAGGCAGCAGCUAAAGCAGCAAUGGAGGAGCAGAGAAGGAAGCAGACUCAGUCAGACCUGCAGGAUCGCUACAGACUGGACCUGGAGAGAGAAAAAAUGGUGCGUCAGCAGAUGGAGGAGCAGGUGGCUCAGAAAUCCUGCGAGUUGGAGCAGUACCUGCAGCGUGUUAGGGAGCUGGAGGACAUGUACCACCUGCUGGAGGAGGCCUUAGAAGACGAGAGGCAGGCCAAGCAGGAUGAGGAGACCAUGCGCAAGCUGCAGGCCAGGCUGCUGGAGGAGGAGGCAGCAAAGAGGGUAGAGCUGGAGCAGAUCCACCUACAGCAGCAGAGGGCGCUGUCCCAGACUGAGGCUGAGAAGCAGGAGCUGGUGGCCGAGCAGCAGGCCAAGGAGAGAGACCUGCAGGCAGCCAUGCUGCAGCUGGAGAGGCUGGAGAAGGAGCGGCACGGAGCACUGGAGCAGUACGAGAAGGUGUCAAUGAAGCUUGAACGAGCAGCUAACAAGACCAAGACUUGGAAGGACAAGGUGGCCAAACAUGAGGGGCUGGUGCGUCUCAUCCAGCCAGGUGAUAAAGUACCUCAGAGGAUCACUAACUGGGGUCCGGCUUCAUUCACCGAGCUGGAGCUGAGGAAGAAGUCGUGGCAGGAGAGUAAGAACCAGGGGGCUCAGGCUCAGUGAACACAUUUUGAACUGUCACAUUCGAGGUCUGAAGAGAUUUGAUAACAUGAAUUUAAUGAGCCACGUGAUUUGAUUUGGGUUAGUUUUAAAUGAACAGCUGGGAUUAACUGCAUCAGUUUAUUCUGUAACAAAGAAUCACAUUGACGCAAUAGAAAGUAGUCUGACAAAAUAAUCUUAAAUCAUGGGCCUAAGGUUUCAUCUGGAGAUUCUCAGAUGAUGCCGUUUGCUCGGCAGUCAUAGAGAUGGUUAUCAUUGGCCACCAAUGAUGACCAGCAGUGGAACUUGAAUUGAGAUUAUUUUAGGAAAAACGCCUUUUUUUAUUUUGUGCAGUUGUUUUUCUAUUUUCUCAUUUUAAUCAGUCCCUUUAGACAUCCUGUGUUAAUUCAAUACUUUGCAGUUUGUCUGUGUUUUGACAUACAUUUUUAGCAGUGUAACAGCAGAUUAAUUCCCACUCUAGCUUGAUUUAUUAGCUAAAGUUGAGUCUGUGACAGUCAUUACUAAGACGAUAAAAAUAAAUAAAACAAUACCUAUUUUUU